AUGCUGGCACCCCCGGCCCCCGAGACCGCGGUGCCCAUGUCCCAGGCGGAGGCCGACCUGGCCCUGCGGCCGCCGCCCCCUCUCGCCGCCACCGGGCCGCCCCGCCUCGGGCCCCUGCCUCGCCGGGCGCGUCGCUUCUCCGGGAAAGCUGAGCCCCGGCCGCGCUCUUCCCGUCCCAGCCGCCGGAGCUCCGUCGACCUGGGGCUACUGAGCUCUUGGUCCCAGGCUACCUCGCCCGUGCCGGAGCCUUCCAGUUCCCCGGACUCUGCUGGUCCCGACCCCGCCAGGAACCCGCCGCCUGGCUCCGAGGAGCCCCCCGAGGGCGCGUGGCCUGGGGGAGCCCCGGCGAAGGCUGCGGACUCUGUGCGCCCCGAGCUCACGUGCGCCCCCGGGAGCCCGGGGUCCCGGGAGCCGCUGAGGGCCCCCGAAGUCCGGGCCCAGGACCGGCGGCGGGAGCAGGAGGAGAAGGAGGACACAGAGACCCAGGCUGUGGCAACGUCCCCGGACGGCCGAUACCUCAAGUUUGACAUUGAGAUUGGACGUGGCUCGUUCAAGACGGUGUAUCGCGGGCUGGACACCGACACCACGGUGGAGGUGGCCUGGUGUGAGCUGCAGACUCGGAAACUGUCUCGAGCAGAGCGGCAGCGGUUCUCCGAGGAAGUGGAGAUGCUCAAGGGGCUCCAGCACCCCAACAUUGUCCGCUUCUAUGACUCAUGGAAGUCAGUGGUGAGGGGCCAGGUCUGCAUCGUGCUGGUCACUGAACUCAUGACGUCGGGCACGCUGAAGACAUACCUGCGGCGGUUCCGCGAGAUGAAGCCCCGCGUCCUUCAGCGCUGGAGCCGCCAGAUCCUGCGGGGCCUUCAUUUCCUACACUCCCGGGUACCCCCCAUCCUGCACCGAGACCUCAAGUGUGACAACGUCUUUAUCACCGGCCCUACGGGCUCCGUCAAGAUCGGGGACCUGGGCCUGGCCACCCUCAAGCGUGCCUCUUUUGCCAAGAGUGUCAUUGGAACCCCGGAAUUCAUGGCCCCCGAGAUGUACGAGGAAAAGUACGACGAGGCCGUGGAUGUGUACGCCUUUGGCAUGUGCAUGCUGGAGAUGGCCACCUCGGAGUACCCCUACUCCGAGUGCCAGAAUGCCGCGCAGAUCUACCGCAAGGUCACCUCGGGCACAAAGCCGAACAGCUUCUACAAGGUGAAGAUGCCCGAGGUGAAGGAGAUCAUUGAAGGCUGCAUCCGCACGGAUAAGAAUGAGAGGUUCACCAUCCAGGACCUUCUGGCUCACGCCUUCUUUCGCGAGGAGCGUGGUGUGCACGUGGAGCUAGCGGAGGAGGACGACGGUGAGAAGCCGGACCUCAAGCUCUGGCUGCGCAUGGAGGACGCGCGGCGCGGAGGGCGCCCCCGGGACAACCAGGCCAUCGAGUUCCUGUUCCAGCUGGGCCGGGAUGCUGCUGAGGAGGUGGCGCAGGAGAUGGUGGCCCUGGGCUUAGUCUGCGAAGCGGAUUACCAGCCAGUGGCCCGUGCAGUACGUGAACGGGUGGCUGCUAUCCAGCGAAAGCGUGAGAAGCUGCGCAAAGCUAGGGAGCUGGAGGCCCUCCCCCCCGAGCCAGAACCCCCACCAGCAACCGUCCCCAUGACUCCUGGUCUCCCCAGUUCCUUCCCCCCUGAGCCCGAGGAGCCAGAGGCAGACCAACACCAGUCGUUCCUCUUCCGCCAUGCCAGCUACUCCUCUACCACCUCGGAUUGCGAGACUGAUGGCUACCUCAGCUCCUCCGGCUUCCUGGAUGCCUCAGACCCUGCCCUUCAGGCCCCUAGGGGGGUGCCAUCCAGCCCCGCUGAGUCCCAUCUCUGCCUGCCCUCGACUUUUGCCCUAUCUAUUCCCCGUUCUGGCCCUGGCAGUGACUUUUCCCCUGGAGACAGCUAUGCCUCAGAUGCAGCAUCAGGCCUUAGCGACAUGGGUGAAGGGAUGGGACGGAUGAGGAGACCCCUAGGGAGAAAUCUCCGGCGAAGACCCCGAUCCCGGCUUCGGGUCACUAGUGUCUCAGACCAGAAUGACAGAGUGGUUGAGUGCCAGCUACAGACACACAACAGCAAGAUGGUGACCUUCCGAUUUGAUCUGGAUGGGGACAGCCCAGAAGAGAUUGCGGCUGCCAUGGUUUAUAAUGAGUUCAUUCUGCCUUCGGAGCGAGCUGGAUUCUUGAGCAGGAUUCGGGAGAUUAUCCAUCGAGUAGAGACCCUGUUGAAGAGAGAUACUGGCCCUGUGGAGGCUGCUGAAGACCCCCUGAGCCCUCAGGAGGAGCCUGCACCAAUGCCUGCUCUCCCAGGUCCCCUCCCCAACCCAUCCAGUGAGUUCCCGAGUGGCACCUCCCUGGAGCAUAGCGGCUGGGCAGCCUUCUCCACUUCCCCAUCGUCUUCUGGAACCCCCUUGUCUCCUGGAGACCUGUUUUCUCCUGGAACCCCUGUUUUCCCAAGUCCCAUCUUCCCCAUCACUUCUCCCCCAUAUCAUCCCAGCCCCUCCCCAUUUUCUCCAAUUUCUUCCCAGGUUUCAAAUCUCUCUCCACACCCCCCCAGCUCUCCACUCCCAUUCUCCCCCAGUGCAUCUCAGUUUCCAAUCCCAGCCUCUCAGUUUCCACAGGGUUCUCUCCUCCCCAGUUCUCCACCUACCUUCUCUCCUAGUUGUCCUCAGGUCACUCUUGUGCCUCAUUCUUUUCCUCCAUGCUCCUCCUCCUCUUCUCCUCUCCCCUCCACCACAGCAGCCCCUCUCCUCUCUCUGGCUAGUGCCUUCUCACUGGCUGUGAUGACUGUGGCCCAGUCCCUACUGUCCCCCUCGCCAGGGCUCCUUUCCCAGUCUCCUCCAGCUCCUCCUGGUCCCUUAUCGAGCCUACCCCCUCCCCCUCCCCUUGAUCCCUGUGGCCAGGAGAGGCCUUCACCUUUGACAGCUGAGUUGGAGAGUGAGGCCUCCCCAAAUCCUGCUCGGCCUCUCCUGGGUGAAGCCAGACUGGCUCCUAUCUCUGAAGAGGGAAAGCCCCAGCUUGUUGGGCGUUUCCAAGUGACUUCAUCCAAAGAACCAGCUGAGUCUCUUUCCCUGCCACCAACAUCCCCAACUCUCUCCGAUCCCCUGAAGCCUCCAACCCCUCAGCUAACCUCAGAAAGCUCAGACACAGAGGAUAAUGCUGGAGACGAGCCAGAGGCCAGGGAGGAUCUGGCCGAGAGUGACCGUGCAGCCGAGGGCUUGGGAGCUGGAGUGGAGGAGGAAAGGGACAGUGGGAAGGAACCCCAAGUGGGGGACGGCUCCCCACUCCCGAGCCAUCCCAGCCCGGUGUGGAUAAACUACUCCUACAGCAGCCUGUGUCUGAGCAGUGAGGACUCAGAGAGCAGUGGGGAGGACGAGGAAUUCUGGGCUGAGCUGCAGUGUCUUCGGCAGAAGCACUUGUCAGAGGUGGAGGCUCUACAGACACUACAGAAAAAAGAAAUCGAGGACUUGUACAGCCGGCUCGGGAAGCAGCCGCCACCGGGCAUCGUGGCCCCCGCUGCGAUGCUGUCCAGCCGCCAGCGCCGCCUCUCCAAGGGUAGCUUCCCCACCUCCCGACGCAACAGCCUGCAGCGUUCCGAGCCCCCAGGCCCUGGCAUCAUACGAAGGAACUCUCUGAGUGGCAGCAGCACCGGCUCCCAGGAGCAGCGGGCAAGCAAGGGGGUGACAUUCGCCGGGGAUGUUGGCAGGAUGGACCCACCAUGGAGCUUGUGCUGUCAGAAUCUGCGAAUCGGUACAACUCUUCAAGGAAGACCUCAGCACUGA